UAUUCUUAAUCGACCACUCGAACUUGGGUUAGUAGAGUCGAAUGCGGGUUCGCCGACACCACCACCUGCGCUCGCUCCGAUGGCGACACGUCAAGCUCGCCGCCGAUGAACGCACGGCGACAGAAGAGCCGGUACAAGUCCCGCGCUAAUGACCCUCCGAUGACUCUUCGGCUACGCCCCAAUCGUGACCCGACCGCCGCCUCUCCUGCCGCCGCCAGUUUCUUCCCCUACUCCCUCCUAUUCCUCGUCUGUUGCUUCUCCUCCCUGACCCGCCCCUCCUCCGCUCUCGUCCACCUGCGCUCCAAGCCCUUCUCCUUCACAUUCCUAGACGCUCCUGCACGCUUUGCUGUUCCGGUCGAUGGAUCUGGGAUCUGCGGCUCGCUGCGCGUCGCGGAACCCCUUGACGCUUGCUCCGGUAUCGAGAACAACUGGACGACUCUCGGCGACGGUGACGGAGGAGGAGAUUCGAGGUUUGUCUUGAUUUCCAGGGGUGUUUGCAACUUCGAGGAGAAGGUCAGAAAUGCGCAGGAUGCGGGAUUUGGGGCUGCCAUAAUAUUCGACGACCAGGAGAAGAGCAGCUUGUACUCCAUGGUUGGAGAUUCUGAUGGCAUACAUAUACAUGCAGUUUUUGUUUCAAAGAUGGCAGGUGAGACUCUGAUGAAGUAUGCUCGAGGUGAAGAAGGGGAAUGUUGCAUAGGAUCCUCGAUGGAUGAAGCUGCUGGAACCAUCCUGGUUAUAUCAUUUGUAUCUCUAGUAUUCAUAAUAAUAGUACUUGCUGCAUUCAUGUUGGCUAGAAACUGUCGGCUUCUUCGACAACGAGCACAAAACUCACCAGCUAGCAUGAAACGAGAAGCAGUUGAGCUACUUCCCUGCCUCACAUUUAGAACUGCCUUCUUAAGUAGCAAACAGACAGCCGAGACAUGUGCUAUUUGCCUUGAAGAUUACAGAGAUGGAGAGUCUCUUAGAGUUCUGCCUUGUCAACAUGACUUCCAUUUGGUGUGUGUGGAUUCAUGGUUAACCAAGUGGGGAACAUUUUGCCCGGUUUGCAAACAUAACAUGCGCACAUGAUAAUGGUUCUCCACUCGAGUACUUAACCCCUUCCAUGUGGAUAUCAAAACCGUAACUCGAUUUAGAUUUGUGGUUUUGAAGAUAUGCUGCUUACCGUCUCCAGGCCAUCUACUGUAAGGGAGACUGGGAGAGACGUCAAGUCUUGGAGCUGAAGGCAUCUGAUUGUUAACCUACCUAUUAAGUUAAUCGGGGUAGUUGUUUUUGCCUGGUAAAUACUAUAAUGCGGAAUAUCGUCACCCUUUGCAUUCUGUUUUCUUGUAAUGACUCGUGGAAUUUGGCUGUAGAUCAAAUAGAUAUUCAUGAUGAAACGAAGUCAUGCAGUCGAGGAUUAUACA